AUGUAUCUUCUUUUUUCCCAAUUCCAUCCUUACCUUGACACAUAUCGCCUUCUUCAACGCCAGCACCCCCCAAAAAGCGCUCUCGAGUCCCUACGCGUCCUCCAGCCAGGCGGCGUGUUAGCAGCCUCCUCCUGGGCCGAAACCGACUGGCUCAAGAUCCUGCGGACAAUCACGAAGAUCGACCCGGCGCGCAGCCCGCCCUCCAUCCCCGAGGACUGGGCGAAAGCAGGUAAUGUGGCAGCGCAGCUAGAGAUUGCGGGGUACUGCGACGUCGAGGUUCAUGAGGUCCCUGUUGAUAUACCGUUCCGCUCGUAUGCAUCGUUUGUGGAUGUGAUGAUGACGAGGGUUACGCAGAUGAUGACGGCGAGCCAAGUUUUGGAUUAG